AAUUCACUCAACCCUCACUUCUCUCUACCCCACUCAGACUCCCCCAUCACCCAACACUGUCAAUCUCUCUCAUCCCUCACUAGUCACUAGUCUGCCUCUCCCAUCUGUCCCCCCUCUGCAACUCUCCUUCUCCCUCCCAGCAAAAGCGAGAACCACCACCAUAUCACCUCCAAACACCACCCAAAUUCACCAAAAAAUAACGUCCCUGGAGCAUUUGCGCUGAUUCCAGUUUCUUUAGUGAUUUCCAAGAAACGCAGUCUGCGAUGCCUGUUCCUUCCUGAUUUAAGAAGAUUUCUCAAGCGACUGUAAUUUCAUGUUUUUCGAUUCAGUAGAUGUAUUAAUGGAACGCUGGCGUGGAGUUUUAAAGGUCCCGUUGAACCCUAACGCCAGGACCUGCUACCAAGUUGCAGCAUCUCUCUGCCUAUCACCUUCUUCCAACACACUAACUGUUCCUUCAGCAAAUGCCAUAUUUUUCAAUGGAGACCGAGUGGCAGGAACCGGGAAUCCAGUGAUCGAGAGGCUAUCUGACUUACAAAAUAUAGCUGAAAUACUGGUUUCAAAGAUUGGUGGUUCAACCAAUGCUUGGGUUAUUGACGUUUCUUUUUUCAAUGGACCUUUUGCUGUGUAUCGGGACUUUAUUCCAUCUGUUAAUCAAUGGGGAGAGCCAAAAUCGUACUGCCCUAUUGGAUACCCUGCUUCUGGGACCAUUAUUUCCCUCCUGUCAAGUUGCCUUGAAAAGGUGAAGAAGGACAAUGCGAUACAGAAAGAACAACUCCAACAAGGAAUAUCCACAUCGCAUAAUCAAACCAAAACAUUACUUUUUGGGUUUAGUAAGGGUGGUACUGUCAUUAACCAGUUAGUUACUGAACUUGGGUUCUUGGAUGUCAAAUCCUCUGGAGGUGCAUCACUCAUGGAGGAAAAGCAUAUUGGCGUGGAAGAAGGGAUUCAUAUCGUACCUAGUACAAAAGAAAGCCUUUUAAGCAGCAUCAGAGAAAUCCAUUACGUCGAUGUUGGAUUAAAUUCACCUGGUGCAUAUAUCAGUGACCGAAGUGUGAUUGAGAAAAUCUCAGAACGCCUUAUACAAGGAGCUGCAGCAAUCCGUUUUAUCAUACAUGGGACACCGAGGCAAUGGCGUGACAACAGUCGAGCUUGGAUAUUCGAAGAAAAAGAACAGUUGGUUCAUCUGCUGGAGUCUGAAGCUCAGAGAAGUGGAGGAAAAUUGCAGGUUUCUCUUCGAUUACCCUCAAGUCUGAGUCUGCAGUGAGUAUAUGUGUACUUUUGUGUUGCUUGUAGCUCGUAAUUUGGGUAGGUUUGCCUUGAAUUGUUAAUGACUUCCAUAACUAGGUCCUUUUCUUAAUGAAUGCAUUAUUAUUGUGGUAAAGAAUAAACAAUCAAUCAUUUUUAUGAUAAAAUGAUAAGUUAGUAACAUGAACUUGUAAGAAAACAACACUCUUAAGCAUAACAAUUAACGCUAAACUGCGGAAAAGUAAAUUAUUAUUGAAAUAAAAAUCUGUUUAAUUACAUAUGGGAAAUUAACAACUGAUAUAGUCCCACUUUUUGGAGGCAAAGUCAAAUUGACAGUCUGAACAAAAAGAUGCUGGAGUAAGCAAACUCCAGCAUAAGGUGGCGGCAUUGGCGAAUGUAGUGGGAGUGGGUAUGAUGACGGUCAUGAUGGAGCGUUCCAAGGCAAGUUCGAACCAAGAUAACGAUACAGCAAUGGUGUACAAGUGGGAGAAGAAGAUGAUGGGGUAUUUAAGGGUGAGUGCAGACCAUAGUGAGGAGAGAGCAGUGGGAUAUUAGCGGGAUAAAGUGGAGUAUAUAAAGAGCAUCGAUUAUCAUAAGGAGAUGGCCAUGGAGUGUAUGAGGGAAAAAAUGGAGGAGCAUCAUAAUAAGGAGGUGGCAAUGGAGUAUAAGUGGGAUAUGAUGACGCCGGUUCAGUACUGCUUGAAGGCGUAAAUGGAACAAAAUAAGGAGGCGGAGGAUAUCGAUACAACAAUGAAGUUAAAGCAGGAGAAGAUGGCGGAGAAGGUAAAGGCAACAAAGUAAAGGUAGGAGAAGAUGGAGGAGUAGUUAACGGCGAGGAUGGAUCACAAGGAGGAGGCAACAAAGUAAAAGCAGGAGAGGAUGACGGAAUAGGUGAAGGCAACGGAGUAGUUGACGGCGAGAACAGACAACAAGAAGGAGAGGGCAGUGCAGAAUUGCUUUCAAUGGAAUUAGGGGUUGCACAAGGACUGUAAGGAAUAGUUUCCCAAGACGAAAAAUCGUCAUCGUCAUCACUCAGCUGAUUAUCAAUACUUUCCCAGGAACAUAAAUCAUCAUUCUGGUCAACACCACCCACUUGUGCAGGAUCAUACAUUGCUUUUGGUUCGGGGAUUGCACUCUCUGGCUGGGGCAUCGUAACAGGAAUUGGUACCGGACGUCGGCUUUGAAACCCGGGAUUGAAUUGUCCUGUCCUCUCCAUGUUGGAAUCCAUGAUUGUGGAACAAGUUGAAGAAGUUGAGCACCACCAAUUCGACAAAUAUUGAGUAUGAUAUUGUAAGUUUAGGCUUUUUGUUUAUAUAUAUAUUGACUAACUUCAGGGUUUAUAUAUGUAUAUAUAGGGUUGUCCCAACCCUAAUCCACAUGAAGAGAGUAGUCAAAGGGUUUUCCUAGACCUAGUCUAUCUCUACUUUCUUACUUGGCCUAAUCCGUAAAUACUUGGGGUUAGGCCGAAGAUCUAACAAGUACAUGGGCUAGGUCAACAUCUGCCCCAGCAAUAAAACGAGUUUAUUGUCACGUGACAUGUUAGCUUAAUAAUAUUAUAUUAUGUGAAGAAAAAUUUGCAAUAGCAUUGUUUUAAUAUUAGACCCUUAUAUUGUGGUGACGGCGAAUCUAUUCAUGUCUUUUCUGAAUUUGGUAAAUAAAAAUUUGGUGUAAA